GCUCAUGGCCCUGUCCAAGAUUUUCGCGCGCUGUGCAUGGUGAUUCCGCGCGAAGUGCCCUUGCGACGCUCACAUGUCUCUAGAUGUCGUUGUUGUGUAUUUCUUCUUUUGGAUGAUCCACAAAUUUUGGGGUUUACAACGACCGCAGAUUAAUGCCUAUAUCAAUACCUUCAUUUCGAAAUAUGCUAGUUUCGAACGUUCUCUUCUGGCUCCUGAUUUUGCAUAAUGGCUGUGUCGCAGAGAUUUUUUGCACGGUCAGUGUAAGAUGGGGGGUGCAACGUACUCGAGCUCCCAGUGCGUCCAUCUCUAACUAUGGAAUUCUAGAAUUUACAUUAUUCAUGAUCAAGCUUCUGUUUUACUUUUCUGCAGGUCGUCCCGAACUUUCAAUGACCGCCGCUUCACCGUUCAACUACCUGAAAAUUCUGCGAAUAACCAACCGGAGCUUGAAAUGCUCUUGCGCUCGCACUGUCAUGUAUAUUUGCCCCUAACACAUAACAUUGAUGAGUUGGGAACAAAUGUAC